AUGGGGAUGGAGAACACGGAGGAGAAACCUCCCCAGCAGAACCUUGUGGAAGAGGCUGUUUCAAAGGGGUCCAUGGAGCAGGAGGUCAACGGGGAGGAAAAGCCAAGAAGAUGCUCCACGGGGAGGGGUUGCAACCCUACCCCACGAAGCUCGGAGGAGGAAAGACCGACCAUCUGCGAGGAAUGUGGUCGGAGCUUCAGCCGUAGCUCGAACCUGGCGGUGCACCAGCGGUUGCAUGCCGGAGAGAAGCCCUAUAAGUGCUUGGAGUGCGGGAAGAGCUUCAGCCGUAGCUCCCACCUCAUCACCCAUCAACGUCUGCACACCGGGGAGAAACCCUACAAGUGUCCCGCCUGUGGGAAGAGCUUCAGUGACAGCUCCACGCUCAUCACCCACCAACGCUUGCACACUGGUGAGAAGCCCUACAAGUGCCCCGACUGUGGGAAGGGCUUCAACCAAAGCUCCAACCUCACCUCCCACCAACGCACCCACACCGGUGAAAGACCCUACAAGUGCCCCGAGUGCGGGAAGAGCUUCAGCGUCAGCUCCUACCUGAUCCGCCACCAGAAGAUCCACACCGGGGAGAGACCUUAUAAGUGCGAGGAGUGCGAGAAGACGUUCAGCCAGAGCUCCAGCCUCAUCAUCCACCAGCGUGUCCACACCGGGGAGAAGCCCUACAGGUGCGUUGACUGCGGGAAGUGGUUUAGGAACAGCUCGGACCUCAUCAGGCAUCAGCGGACACAUACGGGUGAGAGACCCUACCGCUGCCCCGACUGCGGGAAGAGCUUCAACCGCAGCUCCAACCUGAUGACCCACCAACGCAUCCAUACCGGGGAGAAGCCCUAUGAGUGUCCGGAGUGUGGGACCUGGCUGUGGGACACAGACCAACGGCAGAAAUUCCUUAGGAAGAGUGGACUUGUUGGCUUUAGACUCCAAAAAGUCACAGCUGCUUGGUCCAAUAAUGGGAAGGGCUUCAACCAAAGCUCCAACCUCACCUCCCACCAACGCACCCACACCGGUGAAAGACCCUACAAGUGCCCCGAGUGCGGGAAGAGCUUCAGCGUCAGCUCCUACCUGAUCCGCCACCAGAAGAUCCACACCGGGGAGAGACCUUAUAAGUGCGAGGAGUGCGAGAAGACGUUCAGCCAGAGCUCCAGCCUCAUCAUCCACCAGCGUGUCCACACCGGGGAGAAGCCCUACAGGUGCGUUGACUGCGGGAAGUGGUUUAGGAACAGCUCGGACCUCAUCAGGCAUCAGCGGACACAUACGGGUGAGAGACCCUACCGCUGCCCCGACUGCGGGAAGAGCUUCAACCGCAGCUCCAACCUGAUGACCCACCAACGCAUCCAUACCGGGGAGAAGCCCUAUGAGUGUCCGGAGUGUGAUCCCGGCGUUGUCAACACCGUUGGCAUUGUCAACACCGUUGGCAUUGGCGUUGUCAACACCAUUGGCAUUGUCAACACUGUUGGUGUUACCAACACCGUUGGCAUUGGCGUUGUCAACACUGUUGGUGUUACCAACACUGUUGGCAUUGGCGUUGUCAACACCGUUGGCAUUAUCAACACCGUUGGCGUCGUCAAUACCGUUGGUGUUGGCGUUGUCAACAGCGUUGGCGUUAUCAACACGGUUACCAACACCAUUAUCAACACCGUUUUCAAGACAAAGCCCAAACCGCAGCCCCCCCGCAAGCUACGGUGA